UGCAGCACGACGACGCUGGUCGACUCUAUUUCCCGACCACGACUUGCUUACGAUCAUGGACGUCGAGGACUCCUUUCCUACGCUUAACUACGAUGAGGAAGUCCCAGCAGAGGACAUCCCACAAGACGGGGCUAACGACGGUGCCGCCGGUCGCGCGCUCGCAGGCCGCAUCAGCAGCUCCAAGGUCUACCUGCUGUCUGAGAUGGGCAAGGUGCGCUCGGUCGCUACCACUUCGGCGGGAUAAGUUCAGGGACCUGAUUGUCGGGCUAUGCGCUCUUUCUCUUUCCGACUACGUUUUCGAUAUGUGUACGGCCUCAAACAGCGCAAACGCGAGCGAACUUCCGAAGAUAUCGCCGAGAUGGAGGAAGAGGAUGUGGAGAUGAAUGAAGACCCCAGCAUUCGCGCAAACGCGAUCUUACUAUGCGGUCCGCCAAUCACGCAACUCCCCACUGCUCGCCUGUUCGCCUAUGCCACCCACUACGACUGCCCGCCAUUAGGCCUUGAAUGGGUUGAUGACGAAACCUGCGUCCUCGUCUAUGAGACCGUGUCGCAGGCGCGCGUCGCCUUUGAUCGCCUUACCCGCUCCCCCGGCACCAACGACGAAGGAUACGUCACUGCGAAGACCUUCCCUGCCUCUCUCUGGCCUCCAGACGAGCGCGUCAGCGCCUCCCUCGGCGAGCGUGGCACCGCCCUGCGCGCGCCUAUCCGCAUGCGCUGGGCGCGCCACGAAGACGUGAAGCGCCGUGGCGCCCACCACGAGAGCGAGUUCUACCGGCGGUACGGUGAGGACGCGGGGAAGACGCCGUACGACCCGGACGCGCCGCCGCAUGAGCUGGGGCGGAAGCGCAAGCGAGGCGAGCCCGAGAACCGCGCGUCGCUGCUCGAGCGGCUGGACAACGAGCUGGACAGCUUCUUAGCGGAGGGCGAAGCGGCGGACGCGGUACUCGACCCGGAGGAGGUGCUCGCGCGGACAGCGGAGGAACCUGUCGAGGAGAUGCCUGCAGCAGCGGGUUCUAGGAUGCGGUCAGACCUCAUCGCAGGUGAUGGCAGGACGCUGCUUGACCGGAUGACGGAUCCCGCAUCCACGCCUUCGCUGGGUGACCGCCUCACCUCGCCGCCUCCCAAGCGGUCGCUCGGCCGUAUGCGCGCCUGGGACGGCCCUGUGGAGGAGGAAGAGGACGAUUUGUUGCCGCGUGCGAAGCGGCAACGCCCCGAGUGGCGAGAACGCGCGGAGAAUGAGGCGCUUGAAAACACGGAGGACCGUGGCAGGAGGGAACGGGGAGGGCGCGGAAGGCGUAGGCGGGGCGGCAGAGAUCGGUCGCCGAGGGACCGGGCGCCCAGGGACGGCCCUAGACGACGGGGAUCGCCAGUGGGGAGGGAUAGGGAUGCUGUGCCGCCUCCAGAACGCGGUGGCCGUAGUCGCCGACCGCAGAAGAGCGCGCAGGAGCUCGACGACGAGUUGGACGCGUUCUUGAACGACCGGGAAGUGGCGGCGUGAUUCUUUGUUAUGUCCUGUUAAUUCUCUGCAUAUUUAUACGCUCCUCUCCUCGUCUCGAAAAUAGCUGUACGAAGCGCACACCUCCGUCUCUCGACAUCGAACUUCAGAUGCUAUCGCACUGUCGACGCC